GAUUAGAAAGAGAGAGAAACAGAGAACAAAGGUAGAGGAGAGAGAGAGGUGGUCAUCAUAGAAAUUGUACUCAUUCUUUAGGGUUUUGAUCCAAAUGUUAAGGAUUGAAAACCCUAAAGAGAAAGUAUAAUUAAACAAAAUCCUUCCUUAUCUCUCUUUUGCCUUCUUUACAUUGAAACAUUCUUGAAUUUGCAUGCAGCAUUGAAGAAAAAACAAGGUUUGUCCAAUUUUCUUGAUCAUUAAGCACAUUUUCUCUGUUUCCCAGAAGUUUAAUUUUAAAUUAUGGGCUUGUUUGGAAAUUUUAUUAUGUUAUAAUGCAAGCAAAAUGGAUUCUGAUCAAAGAAAAUUGUUGUGCAUUGUUGCUAUUGCGGGGGUAAUUUGUGGGCUUUUGGGAGCUGUUAACGGUGUCACCAAUCAAAAUGAUUUCAAGAUUUUGAAUGAUUUCAGAAAUGGAUUGGAAAAUCCAGAACUCUUGAAAUGGCCUAACAAGGGGAACGAUCCCUGUGGCCCUCCUGCAUGGCCUCAUGUGUUUUGUUCGAAUGGCAGAGUCACGCAGAUUCAGGUUCAGGGCCUCGAGUUAAAGGGACCUUUGCCUCAGAAUUUUAAUCAGUUGGACAAACUACAGAAUCUUGGGCUUCAAAAGAACCAUUUCAAUGGAAAAUUGCCAAGUUUUAGUGGAUUGUCGAAUUUGCAAUUUGCAUACUUGGAUAAUAAUGAUUUUGAUACGAUUCCUGCUGGUUUUUUCCAUGGACUUAGUAGUGUUCGCGUUUUGGCUUUGGAUAGUAACCCUUUUAAUGAGAGUACAGGAUGGUCUAUACCGGGUGAACUAGCAGAGUCUUUGCAGUUGGCGAAUUUUUCUUGCUCGAAAUGCAAUUUAGUUGGACCUAUACCUGAUUUUUUUGGGAAGUUGCCAUCGCUUACUUCAUUGAAAUUGGCAUAUAAUAGGUUGACUGGUGAUAUACCGUCUACUUUUCAUGAUUCCAUGUUGCAGGUUUUGUGGUUGAAUGAUCAAAGUGGAGGAGGGAUGACCGGUUCCAUUGAUGUAAUUGGAACUAUAGUUGGGCUAACUCAAGCAUGGUUACAUGGAAAUCAAUUCACGGGAUCAAUUCCAGAUGAUAUUGGGGAUUUAACUUCUUUAAGAGAUCUUAAUCUCAAUGGAAAUCGGUUUGUUGGGCUAAUUCCCCCAACCCUGGCCAAUAUGAAUCUUCAAGAGCUGGACUUGAACAAUAACAUGUUCAUGGGUCCAAUUCCAAAGUUUAAAGCAGUAAAUUUUAGUUAUGCUUCAAAUUCGUUCUGUCAAUCUGAUCCAGGAGAGCAAUGUGCUCCUGAAGUCAAUGCACUUCUAGAUUUUCUUCAUGAUUUAAAUUAUCCCCCAAAACUUGCUUCUCAAUGGGCAGGUAAUGAUCCGUGUCAAGGACCUUGGUGGGGGGUCACUUGUAAUCCAAAUCACCAAGUUUCUAUCAUAAAUUUGCCAAAGCUCGGGCUUAAUGGUACACUUAGUCCUUCACUAGUGAACUUACCUUCAUUACUCGAAAUCCGCUUGGGCGGAAAUAAUCUACAUGGUACAGUUCCUGCAAAUUUUACUCUGCUGAGAUCAUUGAGAUUGAUGGAUUUAAGUGGUAACGAUUUUGAUCUGCCAUUGCCUAGAUUUCAUGAUGGUGUGAAGGUAAUCACCGAUGGUAAUCCAAAAAUGGUUGCCAAUAGAUCCAAGGGAUCACCUUUACAAUCUGAUGGUCGGCCACUGUCCCCUUCUCCAAUUAACAGUCCUUCGCCAAGUAUGGACUCAUCGCCCGACAAUCCAUCAUCAGUUUUGGAUUCUCCGCCUUCACCUUCUGGAGGUUCUACAUCAGCAAAAUCCAAGAGCUCCAAAAAUUCCAAACUAGUGGUCAUUGUGGCUGCUGCUUCAGGAACCUUUAUUGCAGUUCUUUUGGUUAUUUGCUGCCUUAAGAAAAGAAAAGAGACAAAAAAGGUUCCCAGUGGCAUUGUUAUCCAUCCUAAGGAUUCAUCUGAUCCAAAAAGUUUGACGAAGAUUGCUGUGGCUGGUAAUCCUGCCUUCGAGGCUCAAAAUACUCCCAGCACUGAGAGUCGAACUAGUGAUUGGUUGGAAAAAGAUGCUUGUUCGAUCGAGGCGGGAAACCUGGUCAUUUCAGUUCAGGCGCUUCGCAAGGUGACCAAUAAUUUUGCACAAGAAAAUGAGCUUGGUCGUGGAGGUUUUGGUGCAGUUUACAAGGGAGAAUUUGAAUCUGGAAUGACAAUAGCAGUUAAGAGAAUGGAAGCUGGUGCAAUUAGUAACAAAGCAGUGGAUGAGUUCCAGGCAGAAAUUGCCGUGCUUUCAAAGGUCCGUCAUAGGCAUCUGGUAUCCCUUUUGGGGUACUCCAUCGAAGGAAACGAAAGGCUUUUGAUUUAUGAAUACGUGCCUCAGGGGGCUCUGAGUAGACAUCUUUUCCGUUGGAAGAAUCUGAAUUUAGAACCUUUAUCUUGGACGAGAAGGCUUUAUAUUGCUCUUGAUGUUGCUCGAGGAAUGGAGUAUCUUCACACUUUGGCUCACCAAAGCUUUAUACACCGAGAUCUCAAAUCAUCAAACAUUCUUCUUGAUGACAAUUAUCGGGCAAAAGUUUCAGACUUCGGAUUAGUGAAAUUGGCUCCUGACCGAGAGAGGUCUGUUGCAACCAGGUUGGCCGGAACUUUCGGAUAUCUUGCUCCUGAAUAUGCUGUGACAGGGAAAAUUACCACGAAGGUUGAUGUAUUCAGCUUUGGAGUAGUAUUGAUGGAGAUCUUGACAGGAUUAGUGGCACUUGAUGAGCAACGCCCCGAAGAAAAGAGAUACUUGGCCGAGUGGUUUUGGCAGAUAAAAUCCAACAAAGAGACGCUUAUUUCUUCUAUCGAUCCUGCUCUUGAUGCAAAAGAAGAUAUAUAUGAAAGCAUUUACGUUAUUGCUGAACUGGCUGGACAUUGCACUGCACGGGAGCCAAACCAUCGCCCUGAUAUGGGACAUGCUGUGAACGUUCUUGCCCAACUGGUCGAGAAAUGGAAACCGGUUGAAGAAGCUGAUAAGUAUUCAGGAAUUGACAUCACGCUGCCUCUUCCUCAAAUGUUGAAGGGGUGGCAAGAAGAAGGAGAUUCACAAGAUCUAUGCGGUACUAGUCAAGACAGCAAAGGGAGUAUCCCGGCUAAGCCAGCGGGAUUUGCAGAUUCGUUCACUUCUGCUGAUGCGCGUUGAGUUUAAGGUAGCAUUUUGCUGCAAUGUUUGUUGCCUUCUCUUAAUAAAUGUCUUGUCUUAAUCAUUAUACAAGUAACUUUAUUUUGUGUAUUGGGGGUUUGCUUGAACACUUCUGGCAUGUUUGGUAAAAAUGAUUGGAUGGAAAUUAACAGCAUUCAAGAAGAAAUAGAAACUAGUCUCGUUUAUUAUAUAUCUAUACGAUUCAGUCUUGUCUAA